AUGGUAGUACUUGGGACAGCGGUUGUCCGUGUUAAGGACAGUUGUGGUGUUUUACAUUCUGUAAGAGUUCUUUUGGACAGUGGUUCACAAAUUUCAGCCAUCACUAGUAGUUGUGUGUCACGCAUAGGUCUCGUCAAGCACAAGUGUUAUACCGAAAUUGUUGGUCUUGCACAAAAUCCUGUUGCAAAAAUAAAAGGCAUGACCAAUUGUCAAUUUAUUCCACACCAUAGUGCAAAGAAUACAUUUCAAUGUAGUGAUCUUUUCAUUUUACCUUUAAUAACAGACGUUAUGCCGAAAUUACAGUUACCACCAUACAUUCGAAAACAUUAUCAACAUCUACUGCUCGCUGAUCCGAACUUCGACGUCCCAGCGCAGAUAGACAUGUUACUUGGUGGUGACAUCUUUCCAAAUAUUGUUCAUCCACGCGCCGAUAUAAUUCAUUCUUCUGGCUAUCCAUCGGCAUUUGAUACCCUACUUGGCUGGGUGGUGUGCGGUGCUAUUUCAAAAUUCAAUCCUUCGUCAGCUGUUUCACUAGCUACAACCUUGACUCCGUCAGUUGAGAAUUUACUACGCAGUUUUUGGACUGUUGAAGAGCCCGCUGUGCCAGUGUCACCCACUACCGAGGAUCAGCUGUGCGAACACAUGUUUGUGACGACCACCUAUCGUGCUCCGUGUGGUCGGUUUUGUGUUGCCCUUUCGUUUCGCCCUAAUUCCCCCGAGCUCGGAGAGUCAAGAGCUUUGGCCCUUAAACGUUUCUACAAUCUAGAACGUAAACUGAUGAAGGAGCCACAAUUAUACACAGCCUAUCGCAAAUUUAUGAACGACUAUCAAACACUUGGCCACAUGGAAGUUGCACGGCAAGCUGGAAAAUACUUCAUCCCUCAUCAUGCAGUAUUAAAGGCAGAUGGUGAUAUUUCAAAGCUCCGAGUAGUUUUUGACGCCUCAGCCAGGUCGUCUUCCGGUUUUUCGCUCAAUGACGUCCUAUAUACGAGUCCAAAGCUCCAGACAGACAUCAGAGACAUCCUUUUGCGCAUUCGACUACAUCGAUAUAUUUUCACCGCUGAUAUCGUAAAAAUGUAUCGACAGAUCUUGAUCAGAUCUGAAGAUCGCCCAUUCCAACAUAUUCUUUGGCGUGAUUCACCCGUUGAAGAAAUAAAGGAGUUCGAAUUACUGACGGUGAUAUAUGGAGUUAGUUCCGCACCAUACUUAGCCAUUCGAUGCCUUCACGAGUUGAAUGCACAAGAAAGUCAUCGAUUCCCAGGUACAAAGGGAAUCCUUACAGAUGCCACGUAUGUGGAUGAUAUAGUCGUCGGUGCUGACUCUGAAAAGGAAUUAUUGUCACUCCAGAAACAAAUUGUUGACCUACUGUGGUCUGGUGGAUGUGAGGUGAAAAAAUGGACGAGCAAUUGUCCUCAGAUAUUGCAGCAGGUACCGCCGGAGGAUUGUGCUCAGCAGACGUCAUUCGAUCCAAAAGAGGAUUACACUCCGGAACCUCAACUAUCAAAGCGGAAAGUACUAUCCGUUAUCGCUCGAUUAUUUGAUCCAAUUGGUUCCUUGGGUCCAAUGCUUAUGUGGGCCAAGGGGUUCAUGCAGAAGCUUUGGCAUGACCAACUCGACUGGGACACUCCACUACCCGAGAAUCUAAGCACGGCUUGGAACCAGUUUCUGACUGAGUUACCGACCAUACAUAAAGUCACUCUGCCUCGUUAUAUCUAUGUUCAGUCCUACUCUGAUAUUCAACUCCUCGGACAAAGGUUGCCCCAAUCAAAAACUUCUCGGCUAGAUGAAACAUUAUCUAUACCUCGUUUAGAACUAUGUGCUGCGUUGUUGUUGGCUCAAUCACUGUCUCACAUACAAGAAGUUCUCUCGGCAACAAUCAAAAUCUUUCAAGUACGGGCGUGGACUGACUCUUCGGUUGUCCUUUCGUGGUUGUCGUCUGAACAAAAAUAUUUUAAGAUAUUUGUCACUCAUCGCGUUGCAAAAAUCCAUACACUGAUUCCUGAUUGUCAUUGGGGUCACGUUCGAACACACGAAAACCCUGCUGACCCGGCGUCACGAGGACUUCUACCCGCAUCUAUGGUAUCGUCAUCCUUACAUUGGAACGGCCCAGCAUUUUUAACUCUUAGUGAAGAAUAUUGGCCAAAGUCGACGUUCACUCCAAUGCUUCCAGAUGAUUUGCCGGAGACCAAAGCUGAUAAAACAACCGUUUUCCAAGUUACUAAAAUUAAUCCACCUAUUGAACCUUUUCAACGGUUCUCAUCUUUGAUUAAAAUGCAACGAGUUUUGGCCUACUGUCUCUGUUUCAGUCCUCGAUCUAGACACCGACCUGUAGUAACGGGACUACUUACUAGAGUAGAGUUGAACCACGUCUUAACCACUGCCGUUAAAGAGACACAACGGAUAUUUUUUUCUAACUUAUGGAAGCAGCCGACUACAUCGCAGAUUAUAACUCCCCCUCCACUGGCUCUCAACUUGCCCCAUUUGUUGAUAAUGACGGACUUAUUCGUGUUGGAGGUCGUCUUCGAUAUUCGGCGUUAA